ACUAUAUUCAGAGUUUUUUGUUAAAUCUUUGUCCUCAAAUCGCUCUUUCUCAAAAAUCUGGCAAAAGUGUCAAAUAGAAAAGAACAAAGUAUCUGAGAAAAUAGUUACAGAUAACCCUCCUUGAUAAAAUCCAAAAUGGUGUUAGGUCAAGCCUCCCGUGCUCUUGUAAGGCGAUUUACAACCUCCUCUGUCAUGAGGAGUCAAGGUUGGCAACAGGAGGGUAUCCCAGGAUCUGUAAGUAAACAAGAUACUCAGGAAAAUAAUUACAUCUUACGCUACAUAUUGUGAAGGCCAAGUGAUUCUGCACCAUCUUUAAGCAGAGAAGGUCACCACAAGUACAACAACGCCAUUUGCCAUGUCAACACACAAGACUGACUGAGGCAAAGUACACUAUAGUACAAACACUUAGAUUAUUCAAAGUAGAGCUUCGUAUAUAUUGAUCAUCCACACCAAAUUUUCUGGCGUCUCGUAUUUCAGCAAUAUGCCAAUGAAUUCUUGAGUCUAUUGAUUUAAUAAGGAAUAAGGAGGCUUCCUCAACCCAAUCCACCAAUGAUGCUGAUGAUAAUGGCAUUGAUGGCAAUGAAAUAUGGCCAAUGUUCUUUUAUUUACUAAGGCACACAUUAUUUUUAGGCUGCGGCUGUUCGGACCCGGUAUCAGAAGUGAGAGGUUGGGUUUAUUAAAAAAUAUUGGUUCUUCAAUUUAAAUUCACAUCAAAAAUUAUCAUUACUGCUAUUUUAUGUCUAUGCAGUUAUAUCUGGUUUAAUAAAUACAUCCGCGGUAAUUUAAGAGAGAGCGGCCCGAGUCUAUUUCCAUGGCCGCCAUCUUGGUUGCCUCGACCUGCGCACUUUUACGUGUUCACUGGUCGAGGCAACCGAGAUGGCGGCCAUGGAAAAAUAAAAUAAUUCACGUUUGCUAAAAUUAGGAAGAAAACUUUAAAAAUGUAUGAAAAAAUUGUCUUAAAUCGAUCUCUAUGCCUAACCUGAACCCUAAACCUAUCCCUAUGCCUAACCCUAACCCUAGAUCUAUCCUUAUGCCGAACCCUAAUCCUAAAUCAAUCCCUAUGCCUAACCCUAAAUCGAUCCCUAUGCCUAACCCUAACCCUAAAUCGAUCCCUAAGCCUAACCUGAACCCUAAAAACUAGCCGUAAAUCCACAAGUGAAAACACAUGGAAUUUCACACUCACUUUGGCAAGAAAACUAUAAAAAUUAACAAAAACAAUAAAAAAGGGUCCCAAAUAAUUAUAAACUGAAGAAAUAAUGAAAAUCCAACUUACAGUUUCAUGAAAUACACUUCUACACACUUUAUUUCAGGUUGCAACGAAAAUAUAGCCACAAAAUGAAGAAAUCUCCACACCCUACAGGCACCCCAAAGAUAUCAAAUAUGGCGGAACAAAAGAAAUGUGAUAAUGAGCCAACCAAUGAAAAUUUUAAAAUUAUAAUUAAUCAACAAAUAAAAUUUUAAUUCCGAAAAUGUAACUCUUUUAACAAAAAAUAAGAAAAAAAUAAAGGCAGUGAAUUCAAAACAAAGUCGCCGUGGGCCGCUCAAUCUGAAUCAGCCACAUCUGCUUCUGUAGACACAAUGAAUUCUUUUGACAAUUUCUGCAUUAGUUCACAAUGAAGUCAGUUGUAUCUACAACAACACGGUAUUAUACAUGCUGUCUGACGAUGUGCUAACAACCACAAAGUUAACAGACUUCCAAUACUCAAUGCAUUGAACCAUAAUGUGUGCACACUGCAUAUUAUGAUAAUUUACAAUAUGGGCUAUAUCAUGCUUUUAAACAGCAAAUUAGAAUAUUCAUGUUUAAAUGCUUUCUAAGUUCAUUUUAAAACACAAGCUAUCAAAAAAUUUUGAUUUAAAUAUGGUAAUAAUUUAAAAUUUCAUAAAUAUCUGCAACUUUUGCCAUUAACACAAUAACUGUAAUAAUGACCCUUCACCGGCUGUUAUGCCCUUCUCUGAUAUAAUUGUCUGCUAACAAAAUCAUAGUUAAAAGCUUGAAUGAUUUACAGAUUUAACUCAUUCCCGACGUUUACAAUGCGUUCUUCAGGGGUGAUGUUGAAUACCGGCGCAUAGCAACACAUCUCUCUCAUUUUUAUUUUAAAAUGGCAAUGAAAUCUCACAUUUCUCGAGACAUCCGGCGAUGGUGUACAGUAUAUAUGAACAUCCAUUUCCAAUGAAAACUCUCUCUUGCUUAACCAAAUUAUCUACACUGAAUGAAUGACCUACUACAACUAAAUUAACUAGUCUAGCUAGUCUAGUGGUAUUAUUAUAUUAUGAUGUAAUUAUAGUAACUUACAUUGCUAUUGUAUUACAUAAUUAUAUAAACCGUAUUGUUUAUAACUAAAAGUAGUUACUUAAAUUUAGUAUGGAAAUGUUGAAGCAGAGAGAGUAGAGAUUGCAUUUUUCAGGCUUAUUAUAAGUAAGAAAUAAUAAAGGCCCAUGUUUGCUUUUAUUCAAAGAAUAAAUUUUUGUUAGUUGCUAUUGGCUCAUAACAUCAGCUUACAAUGCCACAAGCAUUCAGUACUUUAAGACAUGCAAAGCAAGAUUUGGGGUGCGCAAUUUAUAAUUGCACUUUUAAAAAAAAUGUCUUAAAAUUAUUAACAUACAUUUCUAACAGAUACAUUAUUUUUUUUAGAUACCGGUACUGUAAAAAAAAUGAUAAAAAUAAUUGGAUUGCUUUACAAAUAAAAAAAUCUCCUUUGAAGAAUCAGAUAAUCACAGUAUCUUCCAUGAUCUCCCCAAACAUGAAAUAUAGAGUUAGAUACAAGCCAUGAUUGAAUUACACAAUUUUAAAAAAGCUCAUUAUUGAAUAUUAGAAUGGCUGAAUUAAAAUUUCAGAAAAUAAUCCACAUAGUUGCAAAUGUGAUAGAUAUAAUAAAGAAGUUUUCUUGAUUUAAAAUGAAAGAAUAUUCUCUGUUAUGGCCAUGAGGUAUGUGACAGCACUGAAUUCUUCAUCAACACAUCUUAUUGUACCAUAUUUUAUUUGAAUUCUGAUUUCAUAUUAAGCUUUCGUUCCCUAAAGCUGACUGUGAUUUUACUUUGAAAUAAUUUUGACAAAGGCUUUUUAUUUUCAGUUUCAAAAUAUUAUGCUUGUGUUUCUUUUGUCAGAAUCUUCCUUUCGACGUUCACAACAAGACCAAGUUGACUUUGUACUUCAUACUGUUCUUCAGCAGUGGUUUGACAGCUCCAUUCAUACUUAUGCGACGUCAUUUACUAAUCCAGUCUUCUAAGUAGGAAAAGCCUGUCAAAUAUGUCGGAGAGCGUGUUAUAAUAAUGUGUAAGUAAAAUAUAAAAUGAGCUUAAUUCUUUUCAAUACCAAAAUUUCAAGAAGUUUUUCCGGCAUGAGGCUUGCCAAGCUCUUUUCAGAUGCCCCCAGAGUGGCUUUACAUUAUUCUAAAAUAUAAUUGGUUGCCAAUUUCAGGUGUUUAGUCAGUUUGCUUUAUUAUGCAAGAAAAUUUGGCAGUAUGCUGAGAUAUGUCACACACAUUUUUAAUUUUAUUGAAUGUGAAUGUCACAUGUGUUAGGUAUAUUAAUUGUUUAAAAAAAAAUUUAAUCCCUUAAUAAUAACUCAUCCACACUAAGUGUUGUUGAUAUGACAUGUCAAUUGAAGUACCGUUAAUUGAAAGCAAGUGUUCUUAGGCAUGUAAGUGAAGCAGGAGUCUGCCCUCCUCGUUUUGGUUUAUCUAUUUAAAAGUUGUUUUUAAUUUUAGAUAUGUUGGUUCAAAAAUGUUCAUGUAAAGUAACUUUUAAAAUAUGAUUUCACAGGUACAAAAUACAUAGAAGCCUGAAAGCACACGUUGAAGAGGAAGAGACUGUGACUUCGGCCAUCUUUAUACAAAGAAACUAGAGCCAUUUUUAUUUCAUAUGGUUAUACUUAUACAUUGCUAGCCCAUGAAAAUUUGUUUUUAUAUACAUGAAGCAUUUUUAGUGAAAAGGAAAUAUAUAUCUAUAACCCAGGAAAACCGUAAAAAAAAUAAAAAAUCAUUCAAUGCUAUACACUUAAUUAUAUCAUUAUACUUUUUUGAGUAUGAAUUUUGUAUACCGCUACAGUACCCAUUAAUGAAAAUGCAGAAAGUUAAUAUUGGAGUUAUACAUUAAGAAAAUUAUUUUAACUGUUAAUGUCACGUUAGUAAUUCAGUUAAAAACAACAAUUAUCAAUUAGUGGCAUCCAAGUGUGCAGUGACUGUUAUUUAGUAUUGUUAUAUGUAAAUGUGGCAUAGUUCCUGUAAUAAAUAAUCUUUGAUAAUAAUUUGUGUUCUUAAUUUUUUGCAUUACUUGGUGUCAAAACAUAAUAGCUAAUUAAAAUAAAAUGAGUUCUG